AUGGUCUGCCGGAGCAAGUUCAAGGAUGCCAAGGAGACGGGCAUGGACGCCGCAUCCUGGACGCCGCACAGGGACUCCCUCCGCAUCGUUCCCGGUCGCGAGACCAAGCCUGCAACCGUCCAGGACACCAGCAAUAGCUUCGGCCUCCGCGAUACCUUCAACUAUGGCCCUCGCUGUCUCGCAGCGGAGGUCACCAAGACGAGCACACUCCAGAUGCAGCGACAACUCUUCGGCCUGCACAUGUCCAUGCGCAUCCUCAUGGAACGCAAGAUCGUCAGCCAGAACCCGCACAUGCCUAUCCUCCCCCAAUUCAAUCUCCACCUCGACAUCCUCAUGGGCCGCGACGAGGUCCUCCAUUGCGCAGACUUUAUGGGCUCAGCGGCGGAGAUGCUACAACCCAUGGACAUCCACUCCGACAUGGAGAAGAUGCUUCGCAUGUAA